AUGGAAAAGGACGAGUGCUACACGCUCAUGGAAAGAUUCAAAAGAGAAAAUUGUGAAAAUCUCCAUUACUACCUUCCUAGUAUUGAUUUUCCAAUAGGUUUGAGGUUAAUUAGCAAUGAACUUGAUUACGCCAAAUUUAUAGCCAUUGCUUAUGAACGUGGUGUUGAAAUCCCAAUGUAUGUAGACCAUUUUGGUAAAACUAACAUGUAUGAGUGGUUGGAUGAAGAAAUAGAAGAAGUAGUAGAUAAUACAAAAGAAGAAGUAGCUAAUGAUAUACAUGAUGAUGCUGAAACAUGUGAGAUAGGACAUUAA